CCGGGCUGGACACCACACCGACACGCAAAGGGAUCAAUAAUGGAUGAUGACACAGGCAGAGAAGCUCACAAAAUGCAGUUGGAGAAGAAUUCCCCUCAUGAGGGGGUAAGCUCAGCCGUCAGAACCGUCAUGGAUCCUCUAUCAAACCCACACUGUAGAUGUUUUUGUUUAGCCAGACUAACCUCAUCCAGUAGCACUACCAAGCCUGGGGUGCGCAUUUGUCGUCUGCAUCCAUCCAUCAACGUUGUCAUCACUCGGAAUCCGGCAAAGAUGAAGACUCAGUCAGAUAUGGAGGCAUCGCAAUAUAAAAUCGACGUUGUAUCUCGUCCACUUCUGCUGGGAAUCAACACAUCAGGUCUUCGAAUCUUCAAGUCUUCAAGACAUUGAAGCAAUCUUAUAAUUUCAUCUUCUAUCUUCCAUCAAAUACAACCUCGAUCCAGCCAUGGCAACUGUUUCUAACGGCGCUGAGUACGACUUUGUCGUCGUCGGCGGUGGUACUGCUGGUAAUGCCAUUGCGGGUCGCCUCGCUGAGAACCCCAACGUCCGCAUUCUCGUUGUCGAAGCUGGUAUCCCCAACCCCGACCAGAUCGAACAAAUAUCCACGCCAUCAAAGGCGUUUACUCUCCGUGGAAGCCAGUAUGACUGGGCCUACAAGACAACUAUGAUCAAGCGUGAUGACUACGAACGUAUCGAAAAGCCCAACACCCGUGGAAAGGCUCUUGGUGGAAGUACAUGUGCCAACUACUUCACCUGGAUCCCUGGAUCAAAACCUACCUUUGACGACUGGGAAGCCUUUGGCGGCAAGGACUGGACCUGGGAUGGCUGCGUGGACUACCUGCGCAAGUGUGCUACCUAUCACGAUGAUGAGAAGCUCUACUCGGCUGAUCUCAAGAAGAUCGGUACCGGCGGCCCCGUGCAGAUAUCCCAUGCCGACUUGGUCCCUGAGAUGGCUGGAUUCCGUGAUGCUCUUACUCAGGCUUGGGUCUCUAAGGGCCAGCCUCUGACUGAGGACAUCUUUGAGGGCGAGAUGCGAGGCCUCACCCACUGUGUUGACACCAUCCACAAGGGUGAACGCCAGGGCUCUUUCCUUUAUCUGCGAAACAAGCCCAAUGUGACUAUCCUCUAUGGAGUUCAGUCCAAGAACCUUAUCAUUGACCCAGAAACCCGCGUUUGCUCUGGGGUUACUGUCAUCAGCCAGGCCUACAACACCGAGAUCAGUGUCUACGCCAGCCGCGAGGUCAUUCUCUCUCAGGGUGUGUUCGAAACCCCCAAGCUUCUCAUGUUGAGCGGUGUCGGCCCCGCAGCUGAACUGGCUAAGCAUGGAAUUAACGCUGUUAUCGACUCUCCCCAUGUUGGUCAGCAUCUUCUUGACCACCCAAUUGUGCCCUUCGUGCUCCAGGUCAAGGAUGGAUAUGGUUUAGAUGACCAUGUCCUCCGCCCUGGCCCUCUUAACGACCAGGCUAUCGACACAUACAAGCGCGACAAAACCGGCCCUAUCAGCUCUGGAUUCCUCGAGCUAGUUGGAUUCCCCCGUAUCGAUGAACGCUUGGAGAAAUACCCUGCCUACCGCGAGGCCAAGGCUGCUAAUGGUGGACUCGACCCCUUUGGUCCCGCAGGCCAGCCUCACUUCGAACUUGACUUCGUCGGCCUGUUCAGUACUGCCUUCCAGUGGCACUACCCCCUUCCCGAGAAGGGUAACUAUAUGACCACCAUUGUCGAUCUGCUCCGACCCCUGUCCGAGGGUGAGGUCACCCUGAACAGCUCGAACGCCCUUGUCCAGCCUAACAUCAACCUCAACUUCUUCGGCAAUGAUCUUGAUAUCCUGGCCAUGCGCGAAGGUGUUCGCUGGACUUACGAUGUUCUGACCAACGGUGCUGGAUUCAAGGAUAUCGUUGUAGCCGAAUACCCAUGGAAGAUGCCUCUACACUCCGAUGAGGAGAUGAACAAGGCUGUUCUCGACCGAAGCCAGACUGGUUUCCACCCUUGUGGUACCGCACGUCUCUCCAAGAACAUCCAGCAAGGUGUUGUUGACAACAAGCUCCGAGUUCACGGAAUCCGCAACCUCAGAAUUGCCGACGCCUCAGUAAUUCCUGUCAUCCCUGACUGCCGUAUCCAGAACUCCGUCUACAUGAUUGGUGAGAAGGGUGCCGAUAUCAUCAAGUCUGAGCACAAGGACCUCUACGAGCAACAAAACAUCCCGUACUUCCUCCCCAGCAGACUGUGAUUUAGACUCUCGGCAUGGAGACGAAGAAGAUGAUGAUCAUUGAUCAUCCCCGGACAAACAUCCACCAGUUUUCCCGCUAGAAUGGCACUAUUGGGGCUGGUAGUUGCCUCAAACGUUUAUUACUCAUGCAUUUACGAUUUUGUACUUUAUAAUUCGAUUGUUUUAUUUCCUAGGAGCUUUUAGAAAAUGCACCUCGUCUAAUUUCUUC